UCUCCCUCUCCAUCCCCAACAGUUCAAACGCCCGCCAGAUUUGACCGGAAGAAAGAGAUUGUUUUGUUCUUUCUGAUUGGUUGAGAGUAGCGGCGUCCAAGAUUGGAAUUCCUGCGUUUGGGGAACAGCGGCGGUGGCCUGGACACAUCGUUUAUAUAUGGAAACCUGCACAUGUUCAUCGUCGCUGCUCUUCAAGAAUACAUUUCUCUUUCGUAUCGGCUUUUUUACUCAAAAUGCCGCAGACAAUUGACAAGCGAGACGCAGCGAAGGUACGUGAAAUCGAUGCUGGUAUAAAAAACAAGUUUCGGUGGGAUUGGUUGGAUCGUAAAGUUCGGAUAACUUCAGUAGAUGGCGAGCAUGAAGCCGUGUCCGUUACCAUCGGCCACUUCAUUCAGAAACUCGACGUCGCGGGAAAAGCGCUGUGUACUGUGUGUGAUGAUGUGGUUAACUACCGGUCAAGGGGACUGAAAGCACUGGAGAGCCACGCUGUAACCGCAAAACACCGGAAGCAGGCAUUUUUACUGAAGAGCAAGUCUUCAUUAUCAAGUGCUUUUGAGUCGAAGCCCUCGCCCCUGGCACCCAGCACCCUGCUGCAGGACUUACAGGAUGUGCAUGAAUUCAGCAGUAAGAAUUUUGCCAGGUCGGCGGAUAUCCGUAGCAUAGAAGGAAAGGUAAAGAACAAGUUCAGAUGGUCGUGGCUGAAGGAGAAAGAUGCAAACGGUGACUUUUUAUCGGACUAUGUGAGGAAAGUGGACAGGCCAGGAUAUGCAUUAUGCACGUGGUGUAAUGACCUGCUUAAAUAUGAGUCAUCUGGGAAGAAAGGCCUCCGAUGCCACAGUAAGUGUAAGAAGCACAUUGAAGCUCGUACACUGAAGAGAACAAACCAGACUCUUCCCGCAGUAUUUCACAAUGUAAAUGCAAUGGAGAAAGGAGCCACCAGUAGUACUAGCACAAUGCCUUCUGAGAAUGUUCACAGUGCUGCUUCUUGUUCAGCCAGUCAGAUGACUCCAACAAAACCAGUCAUUAGCUUUCUUGAUCGGAAAUCAUACCAGGAGGCUGCUUUAUUAUCAUUCAUGGCAGAACAUUCCCUACCACUGUCCAUUUCUCCACAUCUAAUAAAGUUUGCUCAAGAGUUCUCUCGUGACACAAGAGUCACAAAUGCCAUUCAGACUGUGAAGAUGAUUUGAAAGCUCAGCACACAAACAGCCUGGGCUAUUAUAAUAGGGAAGAUAUCCUCAGGGACCCUGUGGACAAAAGUGUUUGCUACCACAUGCAGACAGCAUCUGGCAGAUAUGCUAAAAAACUCAGGGAGAGGAAAGGGGGAAAGGCACUGCCAAAUCCAGCCUCUCAAUCCAAGACAAGACAGUCCGUUCAAAGCAUAGCAAAAAACUUAAAAAAAAAAAAAAAGCCAUUUGGGAAAGUGCAAGAGAAAACAAAACAGCUGUAAGGCUGUGGAACAACCGAAGAAGAAGAGGGUCUAGAUUUAGUGGUGUCCGUUUCACAGCUGGUUUUCACUUACCCUAGCAGACUCUUCUUUGAUUUUUGCAAAACUAUGAACUUUGCAGUGCAUUCCAUGUCUCUCUCUCUCACAUGUAUACACGGUUCAAACCAGUUAAGUUUUAGUGCAUUAUUAAUAGUUUGAAAUCUUUAAAGUGGUGUGAUAAGAAAAUAUUCUUUUUGAUAAGUCUGUUGAAUAAGCUCAAUUUUACAAGAAAAUGUGGCUGAUUUUCUGUUCUGAAUGAGUUUAC